AAAUUGUUUGAUAUUGGAGUGGAUGUUAUGAAGACUGACUUUGGUGAGCAAAUAGAAGAUAGAGCUAUUGCUUUUAAUGGUGAUAGUGGAGAAAGAUUGCAUAAUGUAUAUUCACUGUUGUAUAAUCGUUGUGUAUAUGAGGCUACACAACUUUACGGUAAUCCAAAGAAUGGAGCAGCUAUGGUGUUUGGUCGAUCCGGUUGGAUUUCCAGUCAAUGUUAUCCAACUCAGUGGGGAGGAGAUCCGCAAGCAGAUUGGGGAGGUUUAGAAGCUUCUAUACGAGGUGGAUUAUCCUGGGGAAUGAGUGGUGGAACUUGUUAUGCUACGGAUAUUGGAGGUUUCUAUAGUAGAGAACAUUAUCUAUCCAGUCAAUUACUCCUUCGUUGGACACAAACAGCUAUCUACUCGAGCCAUAUGCGAUUUCACGGCCUUGGACCGUCAGAGCCUUGGAUAUUUGAACAAGUGGAAGAUGGGAUACUUGAAUGCAUGAAAUGGCGAUAUCGACUAUUGUUGUAUCUUGAAUUUUGUUUAGAGGAAGCUCGUCAUUUGGGUUUACCAGUUAUGCGAGCUUUACCUUUGGUGUAUCAUCGAGAUGUGAUUGGUCGACAAUUUGAGUUGGAGUUUUUAUUUGGUCCUUGUAUAUUGGUAUCACCUGUAACGAAUCCACGAGACGAAGUAACAUUUUACAUUCCUGAUGAUUCUCUUUACUGGUACGAUUGGUGGACUGGAGAAAGAUGGAGAGGAGGACAAAUUUUGACCAGAAAAUAUUCAUGGAGAGAAUAUCCGUUGCUUAUGAAGGAAGGCACGAUGUUGUUUUUGGGUCCUGAAGUAGAAUCAACUCGUGCCUUUGAGAAUAAGGAGACCGAUUGGAAUGCAAGGGUCCAAGAGCUUCAUGUGUUUGGUUUACCUAGAAUAGCAGCAUUGCCCAAGUACUUGGCUGAGCACUUGCAACUGGAAAGGGAAGAAAGUCGCGUAGUAUUAAAUAAUUUACCCGAAAACAUAUCGAUCAUGACACAUGGCCCUGUGAAGAUGGAUCGCAAAGAAACGAGAAUUGUUUUUGAAAGAGUAUGAAAAUUUUCGAUACAAGUUGUCUUCGGUUCCAGUGAAUAUUUCUUGAACAGGAAUUCAUUUUGCAACGUGAAGACUAUUGUAAAAUGAAUAAUGGUUGGUGUUU